AUGACAUCUGAAGUUUAUGUACCUAAAGGAUAUGUUUCGUUAGAAAACCAAAGCUAUCGAGGGCCUCCUCCUUAUGGACGUAAAGUUCCAUAUCAUUCUAACCGUGGCUCUAGAGGAUGUGGAUGUGGAUUGCUAAGGUGCUGCUGCUACUGCCUGAGUUGCUUCCGUUGCUGUUUUUGCUGCAUCUUCAUCUUCAUUUUAAUCUUGGUGGCCAUUGUUGUAGGUUUAUAUUACUUAGUUAAGCCCACUAUACCUACCUACAAUGUUGAAAAUCUUGAUGUCAAAGCUUUUGAUAUCAGAAAAGAUAAUAAGCUCUAUACUGAAAUUGCCGUUGUUGUGAAAGCUGAGAAUCCAAAUAAAGACAUUGGUUUGGAUUAUGGAGAAAAUAAUGCAGUUAGCUUAAUAUAUUCAGGCUCAGAACUUUGCUGGGGGAAAAUGCCUCCUUUCUUGCAACCAGGGAAGAACACAACCAUGGUCAAUGUUGUGUUGAAGGGGGAGAGUGAUUUUGGCCCAGAAAAGCAAAAUCAAUUUAUGCAAGACCAGAAGAAUGGAAAUAUUCCUGUGUUAAUAACAGUGAAGGUUCCUAUAAGGCUUGUGAUAGAUGAUUUCAUUCAUAUGAGGAAAUUUGUGGUUAAUGUAAAUUGCACAGUGGUUAUCGAUCAGUUGCAACCCAACAUAAGGCCUAAUAUUAAGAAGAAAGAUUUCACUUAUGGAAUCGAGUUCUGAAUGGUUGUUUCUAUGAUGAAUUGGAAUCUUUGUUAAUUUUGUGUAUAUGGGUGGCUAUAUUGAAGAAGAGGAUGGCAGAGGAAAUUGGUGCUGGUGUGGCUUACUGGUUUUGAUUAUGGGAAUUUAUGUUAAAGAGUUUUUGCUACGGGUUCUUUGUGUAACAUUCUUCAUUUGCAAGGAGAGGUCAUAACACAUAGGAAGUACAUUUGUCACAGAAGUAGCUAUAUUUGAUAAUGUGUUUCUUUGAAUUAAAAGUAGGAUGAGAAUUCUAUAGUUGCAUUUCAAGCCUGAGGUAAUCUUAAAUGCCAUAUCAUUUGUGGCAUAUAU